AUGAAAAUGUUCUACACGGCGUGCUGCGGGAGUGAUCGAAAGCAUCUGGACGUUCCGUACUCAAAGCCGAAGCCGGUGAUUUCGCAACCUUCUGCUCCGACGUCGAACGUUUCUCAAGCAUCGGCUGACCAGAAGUACAUUGAGCUUCGACCGAUUCCCAACGUUUUGAAAAAUGGCGUUCCUGUUCCUCCCCCUCGCAAGAAACACCAUCUAAAAGAUGAGGAAGCAACAGCAGAAAUGCAAUCAGGACAAAACGCAGAAAGCAGGUUCUCAGUGAAGAAACACGUAUCCCCGUUUCAUAAAGUUAAUAUUAAAACAAAACGGUUCGACCGAACCUUGAUCAAUCAUGAAGAUGAAGCGGGAAAUGUAAAAGGGAAAGAAAAAUCACUAGCCGAUAUCGGGGUAAAGACAACAACCGACGAGAAGGAAGCUCCUGCAAAAGCUUCUGUUCCAUUAACGCUGAUGAAAUUUGGCAGAUUGACAAAACGAUCCAAGAGCCAGAAGUUGGACACGCCUAAGGCUGAAAUUCCAACCGAACAUUCCAGAAAACCUGAGAGAAAAGAAAAAAAUGCAACAGCAUUCCAGGAACAGAUCCUGUCAUCAUUCAAGAACUUGAAUUUAUUUUCCAAGGGAAAAGCGAAGCAUGAAAAAGCGAAGGAAAAGAGGGUAAAACAGGAAAUAGUAAAACAGGAAAUAUCAAACACAAAUGCCUGCUUUUCUUCUGGCAGUCAGCUGGAAAAAGGUACCGAAGAAGUAAAGACGGGCGCUGUGUCUCGAGCAGACUUGGAUAUGCACAUUCAAAAGAAGGAAGAAUCUUCAACUAUUGUAAUCCCCGUACUUAAUGGUGGUGAUAUGAAAGUCGAUCAGAAAGUGAGAGACGAAUCUGAAAAACAUUUCACUCAGGAUACUGAUUCGAAGCUUGGAAACGGGACCUCCUUCGGUGAAACUGUGUUCGAAAAACCCGACGAAAAACAGGAGGGAAAGUCAAGUUCAGUCAGUCCACGACAGAAGCCCGCUGUCUUAGAGGUCAAAGCCGGCACAUCGUCCUUCGCAGGCAACGCUAAGACCGAAACCGUUUCGGGACCUGAAAACGAGCUACGUCCGACGGCGAAAACUCGACACAGCAAAAUCAGGAUAAACAGCACGUCCUUCGGGAACAAGAAGAGCACUGAAAACAUUGUGCAAGAUGCACUUCUCGACAUUCAAAUAAACAUAUUAUCCAGUCGCAAAACUUUCGCGUUGGUGUAUUAUCCGAUAACCGUUCUUCGUGUUCAGUGCGAUGUGUGGCUUGACGGAAGCGGGAAAUCAAGCGCUGACAGACUUGUGACUUCUGAGACCUCAACUACCUCCACCACAGUGGCGGCCAUGAGUAAAGAAGGAGAAAAAUCUGGAAUUAAGGAAAAUAAACGUGCAAGCACCACGGGAUUCGACGAACAGCAAUGCCCGAAAGGAGAUGAGCAAAGUUCAUAUCCAAAUGCGUUGCAACAUGCAGCAGAGGAUGAACUCGUUUUGGGGAAAGUCGGAUUCGGCACAACGUGUCUAAACGAAAAUGAUUCUCGUCGAAUCACAAACAUCCUAACAACAAAAAAUAUGGUCGGGGACAAUGACAGGGACGGCUUCGAAGAAUAUAAGCUGAACGGAUAUCAGAAAAUCGAGAUUCUUGUGAAAAACGUCGGCACUAGCUCAUACACCGUGACUCUCUCAAAGGGCGACAGUCCUCGUUCUAAGCUCGGACCGGCGAGAAAGCAGUCUGAAACUAGCACCGUCGAAAUCAACUCCUCCCAUUUGGACAAUAAAGUCCAUGACGACAUGAAUCCCUCCUCAGAGAAAGUCUUAGCACCAGAGAUGCCAAUUGAAUCUUCAACGACGCACUCGUCUCAACCGCAGCAGUCGAAGGCGGUUAAACAAAAGGAUACUGUCAAUGAGGGAAGCGAAAUUACAAGGUGCAAAGACAAAUUCAAAAACAUACAUAUAAACAAAGGUGCCAAAUCAACGGUUGUUGAUAAAGAAGACCGUGGCGGAGCUUUCGAAACUCGCAUGCUGUUGUUUAACGGGGAACCGGUGCUUCAAGACGUCAGAGAACGAGCUGACGAGACGAAGCCGCAGCUGGAGAAGCCUCCAAGAAGAGUUAUGACUUCUAGGACCGUACAAGGCCCAAAGGAAAGUACAUCCCAAGAAGAACCGAAACCGCGACCAGCGACGAGCCAGGCGCCAUUCGGUACUUCGCCUUCCGAGGUGGUCUCUUCCGAGGACCGAGUGACACCGAAGCGCUUGGAAGUCGCCACUGCUGAAAAUGCAGCCGUCGCACUGAGAAAGACCACGUCAAAUGUGGAAGAUACAAUUCCAAGUUUCACCACCACCGACGAGUCCCCGAAACAUCCUCACAAAUGCGAACCGCCCGCGAUGUAA